AUGAGUGCUUCGUGCAAUCUUGUCGCAUUUGCAUCUCUUCUCUCUCGAUCUCGCGCGGCGACUGAUUCCGCCUCGGUGUGGUCGCUACCCAUUGAAACGGGCACCCUUGCCCAUCUUGCCGUACAACAAGUCUGGACGACAGCGGUCCCAGUGGGCCAUACCGAAGCCCCUUCUGGGGCGGAAUGCCUCAACAGUAAGGUGCUACUUGGUGCGCGUCGUGUUCGUCGCCACGAAUGUCCGAGGCUGGCAUACCAACGACGGCCGUGGGAUCAAGCGACUUCAUCAAUGGAUACUUUUGCGGUAGUUAGUUGGUCAGCCGAGACUGUGUCCAUGUCGGAGCCCGUCUUUUAG